AUUAUAUUCUGUGGUCGCAAUCAACAAUGCCAUCAUCCCUGCACUUUCUAUUUCUAGUUUUUGUUUUAAAAGACACAAAAAUAAAAGAUCCACCAAAAUAAUUCUCAGCACCAAAAAAUUAAUUUUCCUCUUGUAUUAAUAAUAUCAUAUUAACAUCAACAUGCCAAAAGAAAAAUCAAUACAACAAAUAAAAGAAAGAAAAGAACCACAUAGAAGAACAAAAUCUAUUCCAGAAGUUAGUAUGCCAAAAUCUAAAUUUGACGAGGUUAUGAAAUUACUAGAACCUGGCACCGAAUGCGAAUGUGAUGUAUUCUUCCAACCCAGAUGUUCAAUUCCAAUACAGAAUAACACACCAUCAAAAUACUGCCAUAGCUUAAAAAGUACAUUGUACAAGCUUCUGGGAGAGGCAAGAUUGUGUCUGUUGCAGAGGGAUUGGAAGAACUUUGCCAAAAUUAUGACCAUAGCCAAGCUCCAACGCAAGGAUCAUCACACGCUCUUUCAGGUGUUUGUUCGAUAUGCAUUGUUAUAUUUGGCGCAUAAUCCAGACGAUAAUCUAUUGAACAUGUUUUUGGACGGAGUCGUUGGAUGCGCUAGUGAUUUUGAAAAAAUUGAAUUUAUAAAAAGUGUGACUAAUAAUUGAUUGUUUUUAAUUAUUUUAUUUUACAAUUCAAAUUGAAAAAGAUGAUGGUCUAAGAAUUCUUUAAUACACAUAAUUUACACAUUUUUUUACAAAGAACCUAGCUUAAUUUCUAUUUUAUAUAAACUGUAACUAUGUAUUAAGAUAAUAUAAAGAAUAUUUAUACAUACAAUGUAUGUUUAUUAUGUCAUGAUAACGUACAUACAACUAAGUUAAAUAAAAUACGUAAAUUUA